CCGGGAGGGGGUGGGAGGUGGGUGAGCGCGCGCGCCGCCCGUCCGUCGUGGUUUCCUGGCUGCGCGCGGCGGCGGCGGCGGCGGCGGCGGCGGAGUAGCUGCAGCUGGAGCAGCAGCGGCGAAGAUGGCGGAGGGGUUGGAGCGUGUCCGGAUCUCCGCGUCGGAACUGCGAGGGAUCCUGGCCACCCUGGCUCCGCAAGCCGGGAGCCGAGAAAACAUGAAGGAGCCUAGACAGCGCAAAGAUAAUAGGCGCCCAGAUCUGGAAAUCUAUAAACCUGGUCUUUCUCGACUAAGGAACAAAGUUAAAAUCAAGGAGCCCUCUGGGAUUGAUGAAUAUAAGGAUGAAAUUGUUAAUGACAGAGACUCUUCUGUUGGAAAUGGUGUACAGCUCAUUAAAGAUGUCUGUAAGGAAUUAGACAACCAGAAUUGUCCUGCAGACCCAGAAAAUGUUCGAGUACAAGAAUCCUUUCCUAGGACUGCUGGACAAGAGGACAAAAGCCUAAGAAUUAUCAAGAGAGCAAAGAAACCUGACAUGCAGAUCUAUCAGCCUGGACGGCGUCUGCAUACUCUUAGCAAAGAAUUGACUAAUCAAGCGGAUGAGGAAGAAAUCAUCAACCAGGUAGAACAGCUGAGAGUAGAAGAUGAAUGCAGGGGGAAUGGAAAAGAAGAAGCUGUGAAUAAACCAGACAGAGAAGUGGCAGAUAAGAGCCCAUGUGGUGACAGAGUAAGAGUUCCAAAGGGAGAAAGAGGAAAGAGGGUUGAAAAAGGAGAGGGGAUGAAGAAAAUGAAUGAUGAUGCUGCACAAGGGAAGCCAGGUUCUGCAAAGCGCUACUCUCGCUCAGACAAACGGAGGAACCGCUACCGCACGUGCAGCACCAGCUCAGCUGGUAGCAACAACAGUGCUGAAGGAACUGGCCUCACUGACAAUGGAUGUCGCCGUCGCCGCCAGGAUCGGACCAAGGACAGACCUCGAUUGAAGAAGCAAGUAUCUAUGUCCUCGACUGACUCUUUAGAUGAGGACAGAAUUGAUGAGGUUGAUGGGCCCAGAAGUUCAGAAAGGAAAAAGCACUUAGAGAGAAACUGUUCUGGCCGUGGGGAAGGAGAGCAGAAAAGCAAUGGUAAAGAAAAUCGAGGCAAUCUUCGUGUCACUUUUGAUGCAGAAACCAUGAGUAAAGAUUCUCCUGCAGUGAGGUCAACCAGAGAGGAUAUGGAUAGGCUAAAGUCUGACAAAAGCUCGAGCAGUGGGGGCAAAGGCUCUGAGAAGCAGGGGUCCAAAAACCUGAAACAAGAACUUCAGGGUCGUGGUCGUGGCAUUCUGAUUCUGCCUGCCCAUACUACUCUGUCUGUCAAUUCUGCCAGUUCUCCAGAGUCAACACCUUUGGGACCUCGACUUUUAUUUGGGUCUGGCAGUAAGGGAUCUAGGAGUUGGGGUCGUGGAGGCACCACUCGGCGAUUAUGGGACCCUAAUAAUCCUGAUCAGAAACCUGCUCUAAAGAGCCAGACACCUCAGCUACAUUUCCUGGACACCGAUGAUGAAGUCAGCCCUACAUCCUGGGGUGACUCACGCCAGGCCCAAGCAUCUUACUAUAAAUUUCAGAACUCUGACAAUCCCUAUUACUACCCAAGAACACCAGGCCCUGCCUCCCAGUAUCCUUAUCCGGGCUAUAGCCCUUUGCAGUACCCAGUGGGCCCUACAAAUGGUGUGUACCCAGGCCCUUACUACCCAGGUUACCCUACUCCAUCAGGUCAGUAUGUUUGUAGCCCUCUCCCUGCCAGCACCAUGAGCCCCGAGGAGUUGGAGCAGCACAUGAGGAACAUGCAGCAGCAGGAGCUACAUAGACUUCUCCGGGUGGCUGACAACCAGGAACUGCAGCUCAGCAACCUACUCUCUAGGGACCGCAUCAGUCCAGAGGGCCUGGAGAAGAUGGCUCAGCUCAGAGCUGAACUACUACAGCUAUAUGAGCGCUGUAUUCUAUUAGAUAUUGAAUUUUCUGAUAAUCAGAAUGUGGAUCAAAUCCUAUGGAAGAAUGCAUUCUAUCAGGUGAUUGAGAAGUUCAGGCAACUUCUUAAGGAUCCAAAUGUUGAAAACCCAGAGCAAAUUCGGAACAGACUUUUGGAGCUCUUGGAUGAGGGUAGUGACUUCUUUGAUAGUUUGCUUCAGAAGCUUCAGGUGACUUACAAGUUCAAAUUGGAGGACUACAUGGACGGCCUUGCCAUUCGCAGCAAGCCGUUACGCAAAACAGUAAAGUAUGCUUUGAUUAGUGCCCAGCGAUGUAUGAUUUGCCAAGGAGAUAUUGCUAGGUAUCGGGAGCAAGCCAAUGACACAGCAAACUACGGGAAGGCACGCAGUUGGUACCUGAAGGCCCAGCACAUUGCUCCCAAGAAUGGACGUCCCUAUAACCAGUUGGCUCUGCUGGCAGUAUAUACGAGGAGGAAGCUUGAUGCUGUAUAUUAUUACAUGCGCAGUUUAGCUGCCAGCAACCCUAUCCUGACUGCCAAGGAGAGUCUCAUGAGCUUAUUUGAGGAGACCAAACGAAAGGCUGAACAAAUGGAAAAGAAGCAACAGGAGGAAUCGGAACUGAGUUCUGACCAGUGGCGGAAAGGAAAGAAAUCUACUUUUCAGCAUGUUGGAGAAGACACUACUCGCUUGGAGAUCUGGAUCCACCCAUCCCAUUCCCGCUCCUGCCAGGGCACUGAGUCUGGGAAGGACUCUGAACAAGAGAAUGGACUGGGCAGCCUGAGUCCCAAUGAUCUGAACAAAAGGUUCAUCCUCAGUUUUCUCCAUGCCCAUGGGAAGCUGUUUACCCGGAUUGGCAUGGAGACAUUUCCUGCAGUGGCUGAGAAGGUCCUCAAGGAGUUUCAGGUGUUGCUGCAGCAUAGUCCCUCUCCUAUUGGGAGUACCCGAAUGCUACAGCUUAUGACCAUCAACAUGUUUGCUGUACACAACUCCCAGUUGAAAGACUGCUUCUCUGAAGAGUGUCGCUCUGUGAUCCAGGAACAAGCUGCAGCCCUGGGCUUGGCCAUGUUUUCUCUCCUGGUGCGCCGCUGCACCUACUUACUUAAGGAGUCUGCCAAAGCUCAGCUGUCCUCUCCCGAGGAUGAGGAUGACCAAGAUGACAUCAAGGUGUCGUCCUUUGUCCCAGACCUGAAGGAACUGCUCCCCAGUGUGAAAGUCUGGUCCGACUGGAUGCUUGGCUACCCAGAUACCUGGAAUCCUCCACCUACAUCUCUGGAUCUGCCCUCACAGGUUGCUGUGGAUGUGUGGUCGAUGCUGGCUGAUUUCUGUAACAUAUUGACUGCGGUGAAUCAGUCUGAGGUGCCACUGUACAAGGACCCGGACGAUGACCUCACCCUUCUUAUCCUGGAAGAGGAUCGGCUUCUCUCGGGCUUUGUCCCUUUGCUGGCUGCCCCUCAGGACCCUUGCUACGUGGAGAAAACCUCGGAUAAGGUUAUUGCAGCCGACUGCAAAAGGGUCACAGUGCUGAAGUAUUUUCUGGAAGCCCUUUGUGGACAAGAAGAGCCUCUGCUGGCAUUCAAGGGUGGAAAAUAUGUGUCAGUGGCACCCGUCCCAGACACCAUGGGAAAGGAAAUGGGAAGCCAAGAGGGAAAACAACUGGAAGAUGAGGAGGAGGAUGUAGUGAUUGAAGACUUUGAGGAAGACUCAGAGGCUGAAGGCAGCGUGGCUGAGGAUGACAUCAGGGAACUUCGGGCCAAGAAGCUGGCUCUGGCCAGGAAGAUAGCUGAGCAGCAGCGUCGCCAAGAAAAGAUCCAGGCCGUUCUGGAGGACCAGAGUCAGAUGAGGCAGAUGGAGCUUGAGAUCAGACCCUUGUUCCUCGUACCAGACACCAACGGCUUCAUUGACCACCUGGCCAGUCUGGCACGGCUACUGGAGAGCAGGAAGUACAUCCUGGUGGUGCCCCUUAUUGUGAUCAAUGAACUGGACGGCCUGGCCAAGGGGCAGGAGACAGAUCACAGGGCCGGGGGCUAUGCCCGUGUGGUACAGGAGAAGGCCCGAAAGUCCAUCGAGUUCCUGGAACGGAGAUUUGAGAGUCGAGACUCCUGCCUGAGAGCCCUGACCAGCCGUGGCAAUGAACUUGAAUCUAUUGCCUUCCGCAGUGAGGACAUCACUGGCCAGUUGGGUAACAAUGAUGACCUGAUCCUCUCCUGCUGCCUCCACUACUGCAAAGAUAAGGCUAAGGACUUCAUGCCCACCAACAAAGAGGAGCCCAUCCGGUUACUGCGGGAGGUGGUGCUGUUGACGGAUGACAGAAACCUGCGUGUGAAGGCGCUGACAAGGAAUGUGCCCGUGCGGGACAUCCCCGCCUUCCUCACAUGGGCCCAGGUGGGCUGAGGGGGCCACACCAGGGCCCACCCCCAUGGAACCGCUCCUGAGAGGCCACCAGGUGCCCAGUGUAGCACAGAAGAUGCCCACGUGUCUGAGCCACCAGUCCACCCAGACAAUAAACCAUCCUCUUCCAACCCACACCGUGGCUGUGCUGUGGGGGAGCUACUCCUCACAGAGCCCCUCCCAAGGGUCGGGUGGAAGCUGCUGGGUCCCUCCUGAGCUGCCCAGAUUUACCAGGGAGGUGGCUGGCUGCAGUGACAGCAGGUGGGCCAGCCAGGUAGACUGCCCAUGCUCCCAGCCUUUCUCCCUCCCCGUCUGGUUCCAGGGCUGGGGGAAGGCCUUCCAGGAAGCCAGGGGACUUAGGCACUUUUCUUAGGUGGAGCUGGGGCAGCAAGUUUUAAAGAGUUUCUAUCAGAUGCAGGUGAAGUCACGGGUCCCUUUGAUGUUUUCAGAACCCCUGCCCUAAGUAUGUCCAAGAAGCUGUGGCUAUGCCAUGCAGAGAUUGCUCAGGGUGUAUCUCUCUCCCUGAGGCCUGAAUUCCCCCCAAGAGACCCAAACUGGGGUCUAGCCCCUGUGUCAGGAACAGCAGUCCUAGGCCCCCAGACCAAACACAGUGCCACAUGCAUACCCACCCACUCCCACUCUGUUGCUUUUCUUCCUGUCCAUGUCAGUCUGAGUCCCCUGCACUCUGCCGUUUGCGUUGCCCUUGGAUGGUCAUGGUUCUGCAGGGAUGAUCUCAGGCCCAUGCUCCCUGGGUGACCUCUCCCUACUCCUUCUACCCUCAUGGCCUAUUCUGCUCGGUUCUCCCCCCAUCCUUCCUCUCUUCCUCUUCAAUUUUACCCCCCUUUCCUUUCCUAGUUCCAGUCCUCUCGCUGUCCUAGUCCCCUCAAUUUCCUCACCUCACUUCCUUGCCAUGGGGGUUCUCGUUCUGACUCUCCUCAUUUACCUGUGGCAGGAACCUCUAAUAAAGCUUUUCCGCUCCUGACGUUUUCCAGACCCCUAUGGCUUAAGGAACUUCCAGGCUUCGACAACUUCUUUGGGAGGAGCACUUCCUACCUAGCCUAGUCUUCACCUCUUUCUAGCUUUGCCUGAAAGUAGACACAGGAGCUCUUUGGCUUUUUAAGGUUUUUGUUUGUUUGUUUUUUGGGUUUUUUUUUUUUUUUUUUUUUUGGUUUUUGUUUUGUUUUCUCUUUAGGUGGCACCUGUGUUCAAAGUUUCACUCGAGGUUUCCUACUGAGAAUGUGUUCUCCCAACCCCAGGUACAGGUGAGAACAGAUUAGUGGGAAAUCAGGCAAGGUUUUGAGGGAGGAAGCCAAGAGUAAUUUUUGAUGGGACAAGUGGGGGGAAACCCCCCCCAGAGCUCUCUCUUCACUGUUAGACUACUUCCCCUGCCCAAGAAAUGGAAGCAAGUCUACCCUCUCCAAAGCCCAAGAUUAUGCCAGAAGCAGGGGGACUGCAGGAGAGCACAGACAGUGGUUUGAGAUAUGAAUCCCCCAGGGUCUCAGAAGGCUGGGCUCUUUAGGGGUACAGAAUCUCCAGCCUCCCUCUCCUCUAAGGUCCUCUCCCCUGGAUGAAGGCUGAUGACUGGGUGGGUGGGAGACCACUCUCUCCUUUCUGUUCCAUUUGCAGCACUGGUUUUGUUUCCUUAAUAAAUGUUGAGUUAUGAAACACA